GAGUUUUGCGAUUCCAGCAACUGGUCGAUUGAUAUGCAAUGAUGUAUCUGCCCUAGAAUGUACUAAUCUCUAUUAGUCGUCUAACAAUGGUGUCUGGUUUGGUUGUCCGCACACCCCACAUACAUCGUGCCAUUAUGAUUUUUGGUGGAAUAUAUCACCCAAUCUAUUUAUGGUAAUGGAAACGGUAGUCCGCUUACUUUUUGGACCGUUCAGAUUGGGACAUACAUAAAAGCAUGUGCGACACAAACUUACUCACACACAUGCAUUGCAACAUUUGGUUAGGUGGUAAACAACAACAAAAAGUGCAACAAAAGAUUGACUUACUGUGUACGGUGUAGUGCUUUUUAAAAAUUGUUGCUGUCUAGUUUGCCAUGCCUACUUGUCUAAUAGCCCCAGUGAGUGAUUGGACAUACACGCAUGUUUUAACACUCAUGCCCCUACUCUUCUUCUUCAGGAGCAGCAACCGACAAACACACCUUUUUGUCUUCUGCCCAUCAUGAAGACGGCAACAAUGAUGGACAAAGACAUGAGACACGACGAUGAGUCUCUCCAGCCGUAGGCGAUGAGCUGAUCAGUCAGUCCAUCAUCAGUCUGAAACAGUCGUUUUGAGACAUCAACAGUUUUGUUGUUAAUGCGAAGGAGCAGAAGAUCAUCUUCUCUUUUCGUACAUUCCUUGUCUUGUUGUGUCGUUCCGUUGUGAUUCUUCAUUAUCGUCUGUUUUCAGCUGUUCAGUGUGGUAGAAUUUUGGAAGAAUUGUUAUGGUGCUCCUAUGGACUGUUUCUGGUGGUAAUUCUAAUGGUUUUUUGGCAGUAUCAUAAAGCAACCUUUAAAGGCAAACAUCAUCAAGGUGGUAUGGUAUCCGAUGAAGACGACCCUUCUAAAGAUCGCAACGAUUAUAGUGCUUUAAUUGCGAUAGUAAUUAGCUAAUUGGCAAAUUGUGACCCAAAAACCUAGCGGUUUAGAGUGAGUCCGGAUUGUUCUCCGGAUUGUCGAUGUGCGGGGUUGUCUGUCGUCUAUUGCGGGUUGCGCGUCAACCCGCUCCUGCCACAAGCACACUUGUGCUGAUGAUCUUUUUCUAAUAGCUUAAUAAAGACCCAGGGAAUUGAUCGUGAAUUGAAAGCGCGUUCCACUCGCGAGAAUUAGCGGCAUGUGUACGGUUCGGUCGUGUAUGUAGGUGUGGACCGUGAUGGACUUACAUGUGCGAUCAAUAAAUGGUGAACGAAUGGGAAAUUAAUUCCAACAAUCUUAGUCACUGUUUGACUGUUGCGCGUUUGGCAUGUACGUACGCCUGGCUAGUGUUGUGUGAUUCUAAUUCUAAACAAAAUAAACAAACCAGUUGUUGAAUUGCGGAAUAAAACGUGAUUAUAAUUCAUUUCCCAAGACGAGUGUUGUCGAUGCCGUGCGCUUAUCAUCCGUGGUUAUCUGGCGUGAAGCAUCAAAACGUGGGCGAAAAAUUUUUGAUGUUGAUUUCUUUACACGGUAGUGUACUAUGUAUUGCUACAGGCGUAGGUCGACCGUGUAAAACGAAUAAACAUGAGGCCCAGGUUUAUAUGAAACCAGCGUUUCAUAGAUAAUCAAAGCAGAGCUGGAAGACGCUGUUAGCUUUAUCCGCUAAAAAUACGCAAUAAAGAUUGCGAGCUUUCUAGAUAAUUCAGCAACACUCAACAACACCCCGCCCAAUCAUGUCACACGCGAAUGCAACCGAACGACCAUCGUGUCCUUGGCAGCAGCUGCAGUAGGUGCGAGGGAAAGGCGCUAAAACGGACGGUACAUUUAGGUUGUAUCGGCUGAUAUAGAACUCUCGAUUCGGGACAUCGGCAAACGUCCCGCAAACGUGCGCGCACCAUACCGCAGCACGCAAACAGGGUACGAUGGAAUCCCAGCGAAUAUUGUCUUCACCGUCGGGUGGUGAUGACACGGAAACCGAUUCAAUCAGCUGCUACGUGGUGGAAGGGGCCGACCUAUCGACAGCCGACACCGCAACCGAGGGCGUACAAUACCGGCUAAAUGGUGUACGUGAAGCAGAACAGGACCAUUUGCGAAAGGGACUUAAUCGCAUUUCGAGCGAUUCGGCAUCCACUUAUGAAAUGGUGGAUGGUGGCAGCCCACAGUCACCUGCGUCCGGCACCAGCGACGGGCACGGCGUGGACGGUGACGACGAUGACGACGGUGAAGAUGAGGAGGACGAGAUGUGGAGCAAUAUAGUGCGCAUAAAUAAUGCGACGGUCGCAACGGUAGCUGAACUGACGGCCGGAGGCAGUGCCGGUGGGGAUGAUGAGGCGGUGAAUGAAAUCGAGUACGAAGUGCAGGAGGCUAGUGGGCCGGAAUGUGAACUGCUGAACCGCGAAGCGGCGGACGGUACGGCCGGUGCCGGCACGAGUGGCGGUGAAUUAUUGCAGCGAAAACGAUUCGAUCUUGCGCGGUCGUCCACCAAGGAAGAGAAACAGCGCCACAACGAGGAAAUAGUGAUCAUGAAAUCGAACUCGCUCUCCUCUGAUACGACCACUGCGACUAAUUCGUGGGAACCGGUCACCGUGGACGGUUGCAGUGCGGUGGGCACCGAACCAGAACCAGUCGGUGUGGAAAACGAUCCACAGCAAGAAGCGAUGCUAGCACCAGCGCCAUCUUUCGGUGGUCCUUCCAAACCGUGCUUUAUAGACGCAUCUUCACUGUUCGACGAUGAUGAGGUUGUGUAUCCAUCGUUCCAGGAAAGCACGUGUCCCACGCAACAGCAUCAUUGGUCACAGGCGGGCGGAACAACGGGUGAAAGCAGUGUUCAACUUGCAACCAUUCUGUGCGACGAUGAGAAGCUGCGAACGGGCUCAAAGGUAGAGGAAAAGGUAGCAAAACCCAUCGAAGUUAAGGAUCAGUUUUCUGUCGGUCCGUCGAACGAUUACAUCGCGACCAAACUGAAGCUAGCGGAAUCGAACCAUUUAACCGAAACGACCGGUAAUGAUAACGAUCGUGAGGAAGUGCUUGCGCGCCAGGAAGCAGAACGAAAGCAGGGUACAUUUCUGUUUCAAAACUCAAUUCAACAAUAUUCGGGACAUCUGCUAGAUUCUAGUUUGCAGUUUGCGCCGGAGGAAACUUAUAGCGAUCUUUCGCUGCCAAGCGUGUACUCAUCGAGCAGUGAGCCAAACUAUGGGGAAUAUAGCUCACUCACGAUCAGCGAUAAUCAUCGAUAUUCGCUGGGAGGUUGUAGUGCGGCAACAGAUGAAAGAGCCAGCGGACAGAUGGACAGUUUACGUGGUGGAGGAACCUGCACCAGUGGGUACAAUUCCAGCUCUGCCGAUUAUAACAGUCGCACGCAGGCCACAAGUGACGUCGAAUCGACAUCACACUAUCCGAACACACCGUUCAACUCGAUCGUACAUGUGACGUCGUCCGCAUCCAUACCCCAGCAGAUAGCGCUGCACCGGCAGGUGCAAGAGCUGAGUGAAGAUACUGGUAAUGAUACAAGCCGGGCCAGUUCGGUGGAUCGAGAAUCACACUCCACUCCGAUCAGAAUUCCCAAGCGGAUGCAAAAGCACGACGAAUCGGCUCCGAUCGUAUCGGGCGGUGCCUCGAUCGAAGACUUCACUCCGAAACAAUGCGAAAGUCCAUUGGUUCGGCGUCGCACAGACACUUGUCCUAUAGUGUCGGGCGGUAGCAUCAGCUUUGACGAUCCAUCGGAGGAGCGUGCGGUAACGUCGAGGCAACUGAGCAAGAGUGGUUCGGGUAAAUCGUGGGUAGUUGAUUUGAAAAAUUGUCCCGACGAUGAAAAAUCGGCCGUGGCUGCAGCGGCUUCGAUGAACUCGCUCGAACAUUCGGGCCAGCGGAGUCUCGGGUUUUUCGUCGAUUUGGGUAGCCUGAAGACGCCGGAAGAGGAAAAGUCGAUUACGGUGGUGAAUAGCAGACCGCGUACGGCACGCACGGAGCUGAUGAAGAAAUCGACCGGGUUUUACAUUGAUCUAUCGGACGAUGGUAGUGAAAGUACACGCAGUGCCACCCCCAAGCUGGGGGGUUCUAAGAUUGAAACACCACCUCCUUCGGCAUCGGCACUGACGGGAUCAUCGAGAGGAGAAUCCGAAGACAAACAGACGGAUCGGAAGAACAUGUUUUCGAUGUUUAUUGACUUUGGCGGAGAUAAUGGCGGUAGUAGCAGCGGUACAAGCGCGAAGCCAACAAUGCCACGUAAGCUAUCGAUGCCCCAGUCUGUGCUGUCGGGUACUGGCAACGGGAAGGAAUCGGUCCGGCCAAGCAGUCUUGGACCGACGGGUGAAGAGACGGGUAAGCCUUACUACAUGUUUGUCGGUUCGGCCGAUACCCAACCGUCGGUCGUACGUCGUCCAAAUGGUAACGCACCAGGUAACGGAGCAAUUGCUGCCAGACACGAGUCGAAACGCCACUCGUGGAAUACAACCGUCGGUGAAGGAGGAGGGCUCGUUGGAGGGUUUCACGAACGGCGGAUCGCAACCAGUAGCGCUUAUCAGCGAUCGACGAGUGUAACAAGCGAUCGUGGCAUUAUGAACAUUUUGGACAAAAUUCCACUACUCUCGAAAACCUCCAGCAUGUCGAUUGAUUCCUCGGUGUCACCGUUUGAGGACUUUACCUGCUCGAAGUCGGAGCUUAGCACUUACUCGAAUCAUUCGAUAUCUUCCAAUUCUGCUCACUCGAGCAACGAAUCGAAGGUAUCACCCAAAGAUGGUGUCGUUGUCGAAGGACAACCAAUGGAAGUUCCAGCAGACGGGAUGAUGGUAUCGUCAGCGAAGAAAAAACGCAAAGAUGCAAAAAUUAACGAAACGUUCGACAAAAGCAGCCAAGGUUCGAUAACGGAUGGUAUACUAUCUUCGAACGAGGAUGCCUCCCCGACAUCAACCACAACCGACACGGACGACGUAACGUUCCAAAACAAUCCGGCAGAGGAAGAUGCACUGCUCCUGCUUCAGCAACCGACCGUUGGUGGGAAUGCGACUGCAAGCCAGGAACCAAAAGAAGAGCCAAUCAAAUUGUCUGCUAGUACCACAACCAGUAGCACCAGCAGUAGCAGCACCAAACAGAUGGAAACGAUCGUUGAGACAGUUGAAUGUUCGCCUCGUCAUACGGCGGCUGCGGCACGGAACAAACCACAACACACGAUGGAAACGCUGCAUGCUACGAUCGAGAAACAGAAGCAGCUGCUCGAAACCGUCUCCGAGAAUGUCGAAUCACACGCGUCUACCGCGACGUCUUCCUUUGUUAAGCUGUCCGACAUGGAUAAACCACCAUCGGCAGCUAGUCAGUUCAUCACGACCAAGUUUGAGCUUCAUUCGAGCAGUGGUGGUGGAGGAGGAAGUGGUGGUAGCGGUGGUGGAAGCAACAUGUCCAAUUCCGCCGGUUCCAGUCGAGUAGCGCGGCUGUUCGAAUGUCAAAAGUACAACACGAUCGGGUCGGCAAUCGGGGCUAGCAGCCAAGCGGUAAGACAGCAGCAACAGAAGGCAUCGAACUACUAUCACUCGAACGGUGGUGUAACGUCGAUGGAGCGACACUCGUGGAAUUUGUCUCGCUCGACUGGUAACAAUUUUGUGAGCCUCAUCUCUUCUUCGGUGGAAAAUUCCCGUUCGCUUAGCAGGUUGUUUCCGCACCUGUCGAAAGCUUUCAGCAGCAGUCUUCCCUCGGACGUAGGUAUGAAUGGUACGGGUCGUAGCGGUCAGGAUGGUAGUGAGAUGAUGCAUUCGGACUUUUCCUGCACUUCAAGCAUCACGUCAAGCCGAUCCGGCAUUGAAUCAAUCGAUGAAUCGAUCUCCAGCCGUCAGCCGCGCCGCCUAGGUGAGGAUCUGUUGAAGAUGUUCCUUCAGGAGAUUGCCACCGAUGUGACGAUCGAGGUCGAGACGAAGAAGAUGCGUGCCCAUAAGUGCAUACUGCGAUCGCGUUGCCAGUACUUUGCGGCAAUUCUCGCCGGGAGUUGGGUGCAGAAUGCGGGCAACGUGAUCACACUGCCCGGCUACUCGUACGCGGCGGUGCACUUUGCGUUGUGCCACAUCUACUCUGGUGCCUCCCAUCCACCGGAAGGCAUCAGUCUGAUGGAGCUGGCCGCACUGUCGGAUCUUCUUGGUCUCGAGGGGUUGAAGGAGGUAACAGCGUACGCAUUGAAAACGAAUUACUGUCACAAUUUCCACAAGCCCUGCGUCGGUUGUACGGACGGUGUGUUACAAGUGCUGCCAGUUACAUUGAACCACGGUCUGGACGAUUUGUAUCGCAAGUGUUUGAAGUGGGUGUGUCGGCACUACGUGAAGAUCUGGUCACAAAAACAAUUUUCGCAGCUCCCGCUGGACGUUGUUCAUCGCUGCAAGCAGCAAAUCGUGGCCCAUCUCAACUCCGAAAGUGUUCUUACGACUAUACUGGACAGCGAGCAGCUGUUGACGCUACUACACCCGUACAAGUGGUCCGUCGAGGUGGAAAACGUAGUGCGCGAUAUACUGGACACAGCGUACGAUUACAUUGCGGACCACUUUGCUUCAUUGCUUGCCAGCGACAGUUUCCUUUCGCUUGGACAAAACUAUCGCUGGGCCAUUCCGCACCUGGAGCCUAUCUUAUUGCCUGCCGCGAACAAUCUCAGCCCGGAUCAGGCAUGUAAAAGCUAUCCAAGGGCCACACGGCUACAGAAGUUGCUGCAGGCAAAGGUGCUGACCAUGACGACCACUACUUCCACGCCGAUGUCGUCUAGUGAUAAUACGAACGUUGUAAACAUUUACGAGAAGCAAACGAAAGCGAGCGAAGGUGGCAGGGGCAAAGAAGUGGAUUACAAUCUGCAGGAAGAAGAAAUGGAUUGGUGUGAUGAGUUUGUGGGAAUGGUGAACGCUAUCCUAUCAGCCGUGGAGCAAUGCUUGAUUCGGCAGUGUGCCCGAGCGAUGCGUGUUAGCUCCUGGCAGCGGAUGGAUGUAGAACUGCGCAACAAGAUCCAAAAGCUAGCCUGCCUAAUGGAAACGGCCGAUGAACGAAAGUCCAGGUCGCGGUAUUCUUACUCAUCGCAAACGUCCUCCUCGUCGUCAGUUCAUUCGCGCUCGAACGAUAUGCGUCAGGUGCGAUUGGCUAUUCAAGCGCACACCAAGCGCACGCUCGAGAAUGGACAGACGAAUCAUAACCAACACACUAACAAUAGAACGCAGCAAACACAAACGAGCAACACACAUCAGAACGAGUUAAAUGCUGCUUUGCUGAAUUCGCAUAAGCUUGCCAAGCAUUACGCAACCCAUAACGAAGCGUCAAUGGUGGUGCCGGUCAUUGAGCGCGAACGGUUGAAGCAUCAGCAAGCUAACCAUACGUUGGAAAAUGGACGUAUUUCGAAAACUUCUUCCAAGACUCACGUCCCGGACGGAGGAAAGAAGUCGUCAGCUUCACUCACGAACGGCCGCCAAGCGGCUCACGGCAUACGCAUGGGUGUGGCUUCCAAAACAUCCAACGCCACCCAGCCUGUGUCCCACAAACGAUCGCAAUCAGAGGAUCAUGCAAAUCUUAAACCGGUACUUACGAGCAAACCCGAACCGUUGAAUAAUUUGCGCACCAAGCUAAGCAACGUUAAACCGCGGUAUCUCGAACCAAAGAAACCAAAAAAUGCGGCCAACUUACACGCGCAGAACAACAUUUCCUCCAGCGGUAGUUCCACCAGAACGUCCAGUCCGGCGAUGGGCACCCGCAAGCUUACGUCAAAACUGCAGCAACAGAAUCACGGUCACGAAUCGAAUCUGUCGCUGGACAGCUUGUCGUCACCGGCAAAAUUGAAGAAUGCAAACGCAACGGCAAAACCGCCCCGUGCGGCCAUUGGCGAAAUGGAUGUAUCGAUCGACUCGCUGGCAGAGUCGAUCAAAUCACACUCGAUCAAAACGAGCAACACCCUGUCACAUGAAUCGCUUAUCUACCAAGAGUACUUUAAGCCGAAAGUUAUUAAUACUAUCGAUCAGCAACAACAGCACCCAUCCGCUAAGAAUGGACUGGUGAAGGAUAAAGAUCAUCAUCGUGAAAAACGCCCGAGCAGCGGAAAGUCAGCCAGCUCCGCUACUACACGCAUGUUAACCGGUGGUAUUAAAACGAAUCAUUCAUCAUCUUCAAUUCCGUCGGGAGUGAGCUUGCGAUCGAAUGGAAUUAAUCGUACGGCAUCGUCGGCAAGCGUUGGUUCGAACGGUGGAUCGGGACUGGUGAAGCGUAGCUUCCUUUCACAGCGCUCCCGUGAAAUUUUAGCUCGCCGCACUCAUGAACCAAAGUCGAACUCAACAAAUUCGAGCAAUAAAUCAGCCGCUUCCUCGCCCAGUUUACUACUGACACGCGAUAAGUCAUCCGGCAGUGAUAUUGCGAAAUCUGGCUCGUCUGCUUCGCUCACCACACCGAUCUCCGGUGCCCGGAAGGUAUUCAACACAACGCUACAUCUGCGACGUACGGCAAAAUUGCCUGAAGGAACAGGCAGCAACCGUACUUCUAAUGCAGGUCAGGAACGCAAGGUGGAUAAAAAUACGCCGAAGGGAGGUCACACUACUGGAGCAACGACAAAUCGUACGAAGGGAGUUUCGGGAGACAUUAGAAGCUCAAUGAAGGGAAUCGUGAUGGAGAAUAAUUGCUCCCUACCGACGGAUGACCAAACGGCUGUACCGGUGAUCAUUGAACGCAUCGAAUCAAAAUUGGAGCGUUCGAAUACAUUUUCGAUCGACGCUUCCGAUAAUCCGAUGGCGCUUCAGAUGUUAGAGUAAACACAAAACGAACGAUCACUGGUAAAAUAUCUCAUCGCAUGCAAAGGUAGGCCACGGUCUGGAAAUGGAAAGGUAAGCAUACAAAACGCAUCCUCUCAGCGAUGAUCGUAUUGGCGCAAAAACUACUUCCUAAACCUUACUGCUAUAGUGCGCAUAUGCGAUGAUCUUAAAUUCUAAUUUAAAUUUCAUAUUUAAAACACCUACUAACUUCAUCACAAAUGUCUAGUCACAUAUUUAUAUGCAUAUACAUAGAAAAACAAGGGAGAGAAAAUUAUGUUGAGAAUUGCAGCGGUUCUCAACUUGGUGCGAUAUGUGGCGGUGCAUCUUUUUUGCACCAUUAAAUAAUUUCGUUAGUAACGCGAUAUAUUUAUCUGUUGCAAGAUAUGCUUAUACAUACGUGCAUAGAUUAACACACACGAUAGGGAAAAGAUGCUGUACGUAAAAUGGUUCAACUAUUAGAAAAGACUAUGAUGAACUGCUAAUCCCUUGAAGAAGCCAUUAUUAUGAUUGAAUCUAUCCGUUUAUUAUCGUGCGCUGGGCCACACGAUAAAGCUUCUCUAGCCAAACGCCUGCACUUAGCGCCACCGCGGAUGAGUUAAGUCAGUGUUAAAGAAGAAGAAAAUAAUCACUUAUCUGUUUGUUACAUUUGUGAAAGCUAAAAGAUGGAUUUAUAUAAUUUGAACUCACCCAAAAUACCCCAAAUGAUGACCCCAGAAUGUGAAGUGGCGAUGCUAAUGACAAAAUAAGUUAUAAAAUCGAUUAUGAACGGUUUUCAUUCGCGUAAAUAUCUCACUAAAGUUAUGCAAAUUGUUGUGUGUAUGAAUUGAUAUAUGUUCGGUUGCUAAUCACUGUCCAUACGAGUGUGGUGUUCUAUUUUGAACGUAUUCAUCAUAAUGAAGCCAUAGUUUUAUUCGGUAAUCGCUUUUGCAUCCAGGCUAUAGUUUACAAAAUGUUAGUAUAAAAUGAAAACAGAUACUAAGCGUCAUAAUGACAGAAUUUAACAAUGACAUUUGAAAUACGAAAAGAAUCUGUGGCAUCCUUUAGAGCCAAACAAAUUUCCAUGUCAUGCGCUUAUUAUUUCGAUCGAUUAUUAUUAAAAAGUUUUUUUUCUAUAUAUAUAACAUCAUUUGCUUAAUCAGAAACAAUGUGAUAAAUCGAUCAUAAUGACGAUCCUCGUUUUGGUUACUACUGUAUUCUAAUUUAUGCCAGAUUUUUUUUGCCUUACAUAUUACAUUCACCUACUUUGCCUCACAUUGUUCAUUUCUAAAGUCGAUUUGUUCUACAGAGCUUGCGGAAGGAAGUGAAUAUUAAUGGAAAUAUUUAUUUCACUCCUCACAUUACAAUUUUGCUGUCCAUUACUGUACGUAGGUGUUAACAGUUUUGUGUUUGGUUUGUUCUAUUCGUUUGUUAACACGCAUCAAUAAGCAGAGACAUGGUUAUAGUGUAAAACAAUUCAUUCAUUUAUUCAUACGGAUGUAAUUUAUUGUAGCAUUUUUGCUGGACCCUCACUUUAGAAACACUGUACCGUAAACCCGUCGCAUACUUAAAACUAAUCGCUAAUCAAUCAUGUCUGAAUGAUCAGUUUGCUGUUGAAUGUACCGUCCUAAUUCUACCAAUGAUAUUUUUAAGUAAUCAACGAGCUUUUUUUUUACUCACCAGCCUGCGAAGACGAUGUCCUACAACGAUAGCAUUCACAUAGCAUAGAACUUAGUAUUCUAUGUUUUCUUAUAAGAUUAAUAGGUUUUUUCUUUACGUUACUAUUACAUUGAGAAUCAAGAUCAAAAUGCACGAUGAUCGUCGCAGAAAAGGUGAUUAGUUAUUUUAUUUACAUAUUUCACAUAUUAUGGACUGAUCAUACAAAAUUUUUGUAACUAACUGGUCUUUAAAUUUGUAUGUUUCGUCGCGUUAAUUAUAGUAGCGUUAGUUUACAUUCUACUCGAUCUUCAGUAUGCGUCGUUAAUGUCUUUGUUGAAUUUUGCUUUGAUUUGUUCUUUUUUUUCUCCUAGUUUUAUCGUAUUGGAUAAAAAGUGUUGUUUGCUACACUUAUACAUUCCCUCCAACUUUACACUACGUUAAUUCGGAUAAGUUUGAUUGUUAGUACUUAAGAAGUUUGUCAUUUUGUUGUAUCAAGAAAUUAAUUGCUUCGUUUAAUUCGUUUUCGGAACAAAUCGUUUUCCGCUCUGCAAACAAACGAAAAUAGAACAAAACACAACUGAUGUUAUAGUAGUAAUUCAGAAAAGAUUUAUGCUAAACACAGAUCUACAACCUACAAUAUACAACCUACUUUAAAAUGCAAAAAGUCUCGCAAAAUGCAAUGCAAACAAAAUGAGAGAAUAACAGAAGCAAGCCUAGUCAUCUGUACAAAGUUAUGUUCAAAUGCUUGCAAAACAAAAAAAGAUCGCUACCAAAUUAGAAGCUCGUACAUAUUGUGCACGGGAAUUAUAGAUCUUGCAGUACAGCGACACAAGAAUAGACAGCAUAAACUUUAAACAAAAUAUUAGUAAUGCAUCGAUAUUUAGCUGUGUGCGUGUGUGGUGAUACCAAACUAUUGGUUUGCGGUCUAAAUAUGUUUGAUUCAGUGAGCAAUGGAAGAAUCGGAAUGGCUCCUCUUGACGUUUGGAUUUGUUGUGUAAAAUGUAAGCUCAGUCAUUGUAUUGAAUGAUGAUCGCGUAGAAAUUUGCACCAGAAGAGGAAUGUGAAUUAAAAACAAUAAACGUUCUAAAGCAG